AUGGCUCCCCUCACUUCAGAAGAGUACAAGGUGCUUGAACAGUCGCGACAACGCCUUGUUCAAUUAACCCGUUCUCUGGGCUCUCUAGUAUCCAGUCUAGAACAAGGCGAUCCCCUUCCGCCAUGGUCCUCGCUGCAAUCCCAAGCGAGCAUUAUAUCAAACAACCUCAUCAGCGUCACUGAGCACCUCUCCGAUCACCGCGACCUUCUAUCCUCUAUCGUCGCAUACCCCGGUCCCGAGUACCCCGGCCGCACGCAAGAGGCCAUGCUCCAACAACUUCUGCGCACAAAACUCGAUCCUCGAGUAGAAGAUUGGGUUGCACGCGGUCGUACUGCAGGCACCGAAUCUUCCCACCCUGCCCUCGAUUUCUCGCGCACGAUACCGAAUCCCAGCACUGCCGCAAAUACUACUGCGAAACAGCUCAGCGAGUCGGAGCUGAAAGACCUCUGGGAGUGGGCACCUAUCGAGGCGAACCAGGAAGCUCGACAACGAAAUUGGGGUGGCAAUUACACGUUAGAAGAGCGCGAGGCUGGGAUACAGAACGUUGUUACGGGCUUACGGAGACAACUGGAAGAUGACGAUGCCAGCGAGGAUGAGGAAGAAGACGAGGAGGAUGACGGUGAGGACGAGAUGGAGAUUGUGGGCGUGCAUCGCAAAUCUGGGGGUGGUCUCGAGUUUGACAUCGCACCGCAUCACGCUCGUGCGGUCCACCCCGUUGUACCACUGGACAAGAUUCUUCGAUACAUGACAACGGGACACAUGCCGUGA